UUUUACCCUAUACGAGGAUAAUCACACCAUUAAUGGCUGCUCCAUGAGUAUCUACUCAGUAUAGUUCCGUCAAGCGCUACAACCAUGAGAUCAAUUCAAAGACUGCGUUUCCUUUCUUCACCAUCCCUUCUCUCACGUUUCACUCCUAGUUCUUUGCCUUUUACAUCAUCAUCUUCUUCUUCUCCUCGAAUAGAACCCACAACUGCAGCCACUCCUCUGACCCAAGAAGAGCUUACACAAAUCAAUCUACUAAUCCCACGUUUGUGCUCUUCAAAUCACCUUAAAGAAGCUGCUAAUCUCAUCACAACAGCAUUUCUCACAAACCCAUCUUUAGAAUCAAUCUCUGUUUCCAUUUUCAUUCACAGACUCUCUCUUGAACCCGACCUUACACAACCCAUGUACUUCCUCAACCGCCUUAAGUAUACCCCAAAAAUACAAUCUUUUCUAUUACCCAUUUGUAAAAUGUUAGUUUCUUUGUAUUUUAGGGACAGGGAGGCUAAGAAAGCUUUAAAGAUUUUUCAUUGGGUGUCAAGGCCUGAAUUCCCUUGUCCUGUGGAUUAUGGAUUGUGUGCUAUUUUGGUGAAUGGGUUUUGCAAGAAUGAUAUGGUUGUGGAGGGGUUGAGGGUUUUGAGGAUGAUGGCAGUUGGGAAUUUGAAGGUUGGGGGUGAGGUCAGGAUGUGGGUGUAUAGAAGUCUUUUGAGGGAGGCCAGGAUUAAGGAGGCUCAAGAGAUGAAUGAAGCUUUGAAGUAUGUUGAGAAUGGGGAGAAGGGAAAUGAGGAAGUGGUUGCUUUGUUGGAUUGUAUAAUCUCAAAUUGGAUUGAAUAGAGAGUUUUAAGAGAUAUUUGUCUUCGGAGGACAUGGCCUAGUCAAUGAAGUUGGAGUAAAGUCCAUGGGAGACUAAGGUUCAGAUCUCAAACAGAGGCAAAAUAGUUGGAUGGUUUCUUCCUUCUGCCUAAACUCUGGUGGUAGAGUUAUCCGGUACCUACACUACUGAAAGUAUACAGGUACCUAGUGGGAUAGUCAAGGUGCACACAAUCUAACUCCACCAUCAAAGAAAGAAGAAGAAAGAAUAGGAAAAGCAGGUUUCAAUUUUGAUAUAAAGAGUGGUUUUGAGGUUGUGUACCGUGUUGUUUGAACUUUUCAAUGUUAAUAGCUCUGUUUCUUAUCCCUUUACUACUAUCUUGACAACAAUGAUAAAAUUUAUCAAUAAUGCACCAUGACAGUGUUCCAAGAAAAAGGAAGAGCUUUGACAAAUAACUUAUUGUGCAACAUUAUCAGCAUUUUGCAUUACUUAACAGAAUGGUUACCAUGAUCUAGCGCUCUGCAUAUGUUUCAUGGAGAAAAGCUGGUGAAUUAUUUGUUAAAAAGGCAACCAUAUCGGGAUUCUUCUUCUCCUACUGGACUUCUUUGCUGUAUCCAAGAACAAGAAACAUGAAAAGAUCAAAGAAAAGCUACAGUAAAUACUAGUUACAAUAGGUUGUAAUGGUGAAACUAUUCCAGGUGUGUUACUCAUGCUCAGUGAUAAGAGAACAUUAAGCAUCUCAAGAAGAGAUAUCCAUAGUGUCGGGUGCUCAAUGUAUUAAAAUCUAAGGGAUGACAUCAAUCGCUUUAAGUUUGUGAUAUCUUGUUUUUCUUUGGGAUUCAGGAAGUGCUGCCAACUAUGCUAUCUGGCAUUAUUACUCAGCCCUGUUUUGGGACAUGAACAUCGUAACUCGGUCACUUAUCCAUUGAAGAUCUACUACUGUAUCCAUUGUUGCGAUUCAUUCUCAAUUGUUCCUCUACUUCAUCUUUAUGUUUGAGGGAAAAGACGAUGACUCCUUUGGGAGUUUUAUUUUGUGAUGUUAACUUUUCCUUCCAGUACCAUGAAAACUGUUGGUGGGGUACCUGGAAAUUGGAAAUCAUGUAACAGUGACUGGUGAAAUUCCAAUUGGAUAAUGAUCUUGUAGAGCCAGAUUGCCCCCUUCA